AUGCCGUUUGUCGCUGAUAAUUUAGGGAUUACUUUGUUGCGGCAGCAGCACGUGGUUGCUGCUGCUGCUGCUGCUGCAGCAGCCACCGCUGCCAGUGCAGCUGCUGCUGCUGCUGCUGCUGCGGCAGGAGCAGCAGCACAGCAUCUGUGCAGUUCGUUUAUGACACUACACCUAGCUGCUGCUGCAAAGGCAGCAGCUAGCUGCUGGUGUUGCAGCAGCUACGUGCUGCUGCUGAAGAGGACUGUCUGUCUGCUGCUGCAGCUGCUGCUGCUGCAGCAGCUCUUGCUGCUAAUAAAUACGUGCAGCAAAAACGUGCAACGUUUAGUUUACUACAAAGUGAGGCGCUGCUGUUGCCGGUUGUGGCUGCUGCUGCUGCUGCUGCUGCAGAUAGUAGGGAGGCGGUUGCUGCUGCAGCUGCGGUCUAAGCGUUUGCGUGAGGAGCUGCUGCUGCUGCGCUUGCUGCUGUUGCUGCAGCAGCAGUUGCUGCUGCAGCUCCUGCUGCUGCUGCAGCUGCUGUGGCAAGGACAGAAUAAGAGGGGCGCCUCGUCCCGGGGGAUAGUUGUGUGCUGCUGA